AGGGGUCAUAGCAAUUGAGAUUGCGUUUGUUUAGAAUACAUCCAACAUGGCCGUGGUAGCAGUUCAGUUUCUCUCAGUGUUCUUAAUAUCAGCGAUCAAAGCCAAACCUACAUCGGAUCACUGGACAGCAAUGGAUCUGAGAUACGAUACAUCAUACCUCGAGCUGAUUGGAGAAGUAGCUACUGUGAGUAGGGCGACGUGUGCGGCGAAAAGCCUCAGCAGCAACGCCACUGCUUUUGGCUACGUGAAGGACGAACUACGCUGUCUUCUUCUGAAAGUUGAUUACCGAGUGGCACAUCCAUGGACGCCUCCGCCGGGAAUAGCGUUCUUUCUCCGAGACGAAGAUAUCAACCCACAUCCAUGUAUAUCCUGGUGCCCCUUUUGCAUGCCAAUUCUGGAAACUCCAAUGACGUGGUCUGACGCUAGAGCUGCUUGUAGACCGACCGCCUAUCUCAUGGAAUACUAUGAUCUAGUCGAGUACAGAUGCAUUGUGAUGCAACUCCAGUACCUACGGAAGCCAACUUCGAAUCUGUACUGGGUCGGUGGCCGUUACACUACCAACUGGAGGUGGAUAACUUAUCGCCGCAUCCUUGCAAGUCUGUGGGCCCCAGGGGAACCAAAUCCAUCAAAUGAAGGCUGCACGCUGUUCGACCCUGGGAACAACUACGCCCUCUUCUCAGCCGACUGUUCAGAAAAACAUUAUGCACUUUGUUACUAUGACUGACAAGUUCCAAGACUGACAGCUACACACAAUGAAUUACCUUUUUAGCAUUUUAGCCGUUUUACAAUUCCACAUUUCUGUACAGGUGAAAGAAUCUUAACAUUACAAAUGCUUCGAAAGUGUGUUUAGUUCUAUGUAUGACCUACUUUAAGAUAUAAUUAUCAGCAACCAUUCUAGUUUCUAUUACACUCGGAACAGGUGGUGUAGUGUAACGGUUAAAGCACUCGCUUGUCACCCCAAGGGCCAGGGUUCGAAUUCCUUCAAUGGCAUACAGCCUUAAGUCCAUCUCUAGUGUCCCCGGGCGUAAUGUUUUUUUCAGGUAAAUUUAUUUUCCCUUGCAUGUGUUAAUGAAGGGUGCCACCUGUGGUACGGUUACGCUCACCUUUAGUGUACAAUCGACUAUGAUUUUGACAGAUUUCUCGUAUGUAUGGGAAGGGUUUUGUCGUAUAUACUUCCAUAUUUGAAAGAAUUACUGUGAAACAAAGAUUUUAACUACAGUGUCAGAUGUAAAAUUACAUACGAUAGACGUCUUACACAGAAAUUAGGGUUACAAUUGCACAUGGCCAUUUUUCAUAUGAAAACUGGAAAUAGGGUUUUUACCAGAGUAAAUUAAGACGUAAAAAGAAUCCGAAUCUUUGGAAUAAAUGCAAAGAAGUACUACUGGCCGUACAUGUCCAAGCGGGUCAUUUCGUCAGAGUUCAUAUAACUACCUACAUUAAUGUCUAGCUUAAAGACAGAAAGAAGUUUUAUUCAAUAUUUAAGGCCAUAUGACCAAAAGUACAGUUGUGGAUUUGCUUUACAUUGUAUACUUAUAUGUCCAUGUGAAUGUACAUACAUACAUAUAUUAACGUCUUAUUUCAAAAAUACCUUUUUUUAGGAAUAUUGAAACAGAUAACAUUACGUUGAUGUAUCUUGAGUUUAACAAGUUUUUCAUUAGUUCAUCUUUGUACACAGCUGAGAUCAUAGGGAGGUAUCUGUUUCUAAGAAAUUGGUAAUGUUUACAAAUGAAAACUACAUGAAACUCAUCCUCCAUAUAGCCUUCAUUGCAGCAAUGACAAUAACUAUUAUUUCCAUGCAUCAUGUACAUUUUUCUUUUUAAGAUUAUUAACGUUGAAAUUGUGUAAUAAUAUUUGUAAUUUACCGAAAGCUCUUCUUAAAGUUCUAUCCUGUAGUUUGUCAAGCUUAAAGAGCAUUAUGGAAGGAAAUGUUACUUAACGUACGACGUGUUAUAGGCUAUGCAUGUGUAAGGUAUCAGAAUAAUUUGGUUGAUGAAUUGUUAAACGGUAUAUAACGUUCGCCGAGACAGAUUCCAUUGGGCGUGAAAGGCAAACGUCAGUUGAACACAUGGCUCUUUAAUAGUGAGUGAGUGAGUUUAGUUUUACGAAGCUUUUAGCAGCAUUCCAGCAAUAUCACGACGGG